AAAUAAAAUAAUUUUUCAUACUAUGUAUUGCAUAUUGUCACUGACAGCAGUCUACAUGAUCAGCUGAAGGUAAUAAGCAAAGAAAAUUGGAACUGGGUUGGGCGUCAUUUUGUAUGAAGAAUUCUUCAUUUGAUUGUAAAUGAUAACCACGUGUUCUCGAAAAUAAACAUUAAAUCAAGAUAUAUCAAGAAUAUUUUUAUUUUUUAAAUUAUUUAUUACAAUACUGAAGUUCCUAAGAUGGGAAAGCUUGACGUAACAAAUCUACGUCUUUUAUCCAGAGAGGAUUUUCGAGUUCUUACAGCAAUUGAAAUGGGAAUGAAAAACCAUGAGUUAGUUCCAGCCAUUCUUGUAGCUCAAAUAGCUAAUUUGUGCCAUGGUGGGGUACAUAAAAUACUACGAGAACUAUCUAAACAUAAAUUAGUCAGCUAUGAACGUGGAAAGCAUUAUGAUGGGUAUCGAUUAACUAAUGCUGGAUACGAUUAUUUGGCUCUCAAAGUAUUAACAUCUCGUAGUGUUGUUUCUUCUUUUGGAAGUCAAAUUGGUGUUGGUAAAGAAUCAAAUAUUUAUGUUGUCGCAAAUGAAGAAGGGAAAAUGCUUUGUUUAAAGCUUCACAGACUAGGUCGAACAUGUUUUCGUAAUAUAAAAGAAAAACGAGAUUACCAUCAACAUAGAAAAUCUAUGUCAUGGCUUUAUCUGUCUAGGAUAUCUGCUACCCGAGAAUUCGCUUACAUGAAAGCCCUCAAAGAUCGUGGAUUUCCAGUACCAGAACCAAUAGACUUCAAUAGGCAUUGUGUUAUCAUGGAUCUCAUUGAUGGAGUUCCUUUAUGUAAUGUAUCAGAAGUACCUAAUGUUGAAGGACUUUAUGAUGAAUUAAUGGAUUUAAUUGUAAAGCUUGGCAAUCAUGGUGUCAUCCAUGGUGAUUUCAAUGAAUUUAACAUCAUGAUAAGUGAUGAUGGUAAACCUAUACUUAUUGAUUUCCCUCAAAUGGUUUCCACAGAGCAUACUAAUGCCGAAUACUUCUUCGAGCGUGAUGUUAGUUGUAUAAGAAAUUUUUUUAAACGUCGUUUUGGAUAUGAAAGUGAAUUAUAUCCAUCAUUUAAAGAUAUUUCUAGAGAGGAUUGUAUUGACAUUGAAAUUAAGGCAAGUGGUUUAACAAAACAAAUGGAGAAAGAUUUGCUCGUAGAAAUGGGUGUAGUUGAAAAGAAUGAUAACGAUAAUGAUCAAAAUGAAGAAGUUAUUGAAAAAUUAAAUGAAAACAUCGAGUCAUUACGAGAAGAAGUUGAUUGGAUGGUUGUGAAAGACCUUGGACCAGAGAAUAGUAAAAUUACUAAUAGAUUUGAUAAGUUGAGUCAAGACAAUCUCACUUUAAAAACCCCGGAAAAUAUUAUUCAUUCAGAUAAAUUUAAUCAAUUAUUGUUAGAAGAAAAAAAAGAAGAAUUAAGAGAUGAAGAAGAUGAUAAAAGCAGCACAAUUCGUGAAAUGUCUAACCUGUCAUUGUCAAAUGAACGAAACUGUGAUAGUGAAUCAUUUUAUGAUGAUAGAAGUGUAAGGAGUGCUUCAACAGCAGCAACAAUUGCACCGGAAGUAAUUAAACGACGAGUUAGACAAUCUUUGGAGAAGAGAGAACGACACGGACAAUCAAGAAGAAUUCUAGCAAAGGGUGAAGCAAGCGCUACGACACGUGUACGUCGUGAAAAUCGUGAUACCAUUAAACAAUCAACAGAUGGUGGCAUGUGGAGUUGGGAUUAAUUAUUUAAUUAAUUUUUAUAUAUAUGUAUAUAUAUAUAUAUGUAUAUGUAUAUAUAUGAAAUUAAUGUAAAAAAAAAAUUAGAAAAAAUAAAACUUUAAUAUUAAAAAUAAA